GCGUCGUAGGUAGAAACUGGGAGGGUGCUAAGAGUGUUGUUGGCUAGCAAGUGUAGUUUUAAAUGUGUGUUACAUGGUUUCCUCCUGAUCUGAAGAAUACUGACAGUAGUAAGCCAUUUGAGCCAUAGCAAAAGGAGGUCGUGUACAACAACGCCUGCAGGUGCGAAGAGAGGACUGAUUCGUGGAGGAAGCCGUUUCAGCCAUGGGUUUCCGAAAGAAGAACAAGAGUCCGCCGGUGUUGAGCCACGAGUUUGUUAUCCAGAAUCACGCGGAUAUGGUUUCAUGCGUGGCGAUGAUCAUCCUGCUGGGUCUGAUGUUUGAGGUGACUGCAAAGUUUGCAAUCAUGUUCAUCACAGUUCAGUACAAUGUCACCCAAACACUUGAUGAUCGACCGGAGCCUUUGGUGAUGUAUCAGUAUGGCCCAAAAGACAUCGCUACUGUGUUUUUCUACCUUCUUAUUGCCGUCAUCCUCCAUGCCCUGAUCCAGGAGUAUGUGCUUGACAAAAUCAAUCGGCGGCUGCAUCUGUCCAAGACCAAGCACAGCAAAUUUAAUGAGUCGGGACAGCUUGCUGCCUUCUACCUGUUCUCCUUCGUAUGGGGCUGCAGCAUUCUGACCGCGGAAGAGUUUGUGACCAACCCCACGUUCCUGUGGGAAAGCUAUCCUCACACUCACAUGGCAUUUCAGGUGAAAUUCUUCUACAUCUGUCAGAUUGCCUACUGGUUCCAUGCCCUUCCUGAGCUGUACUUUCAAAAAGUCAGAAAGGAAGACAUCCCAAGACAGUUGUAUUAUAUUUGCCUAUACAUUUUCCACAUCACCGGUGCCUAUGUCUUAAAUCUCCACCGGCUGGGCUUGGUGCUGCUGGUGCCUCACUACCUGGUGGAGCUGCUGUUUCACGCCUCACGCCUCUUCUACUUCAGCGACGAGAACAAACAGAAAGGGUUCACCCUGUGGGCCCUGCUCUUUGUCAUCGCCCGCCUACUCACUCUCACGCUGUCCGUGCUCACCUUUGGCUUCGGCCUGUCGCGCACCGAUAACCAGGGCUUCUCUCUGUCCCAGGGCAACUUCAACGUGCUCACAGUCAGGAUGACGUGUCUGUCAGCCAUCUGCCUGACCCAGGCCUGGAUGAUGUGGAAGUUCAUCAACUUCCAGCUGAAGAAGUGGCGGGAGCAGAGCCAGAUCCAGGCUAGCAAGAAGAAAACCGUCAGCCCAAAGAUGAAGCCCUCCAAGAAGGACUCGUCUAGAGGCGGUUCAGCAAACGGAGUCAUGAAGUCAGAUGACAAGACAUCGCCCAGAGCAAGAAAAUCUAAAGCCUCGUAAAAGUAGAGGCAGAGACUGAUGAAGGGAGAAGGAGGAGUCGACGGAGGAAAAGAUGAUGAUGAUGAUGAUGAUGAAGAAAGGUCAUGUCCGCUCAACGUCCUUACUUUUCUUCACUUAAACGUAAGGUAGUCCUACUGUCCGUCAUGACAAAAAUGCCACUUCGCCACAGAGAAACAACUUACCGUAAUCAUUGUGAGAAGAAUUCUCCAGUGUGGCUCUCCACGCCCAUUUUUCCUUUAAAAAAAAAAAAAAAAGUUUCCUCUUCAGAAUGCACUAUGAGUUUUUAUUUUCUUAUCUUUUCUUUGGCUUAAAAAAAAGGCUCAGUGACAGGUAGCUGGUUUUGGUCAGUGAUCCCCCCCAAAGCCACAGGCCACUGAUAUAUUGUUGCUGGUUUCAAAAUGGUAAACGAACAGGAAGCCUUAAGGGGGACAUGUUACAUAUGUGUUAUUUGGAGUAUCCUGCGUACAUGUUCUGGAUGUGUCUGGGGUGAGGAGUAGGUUGUAGAGGACUGGAUUUGAAGCACCAAUUGCAUCUUUCAGACGUAAACCAUUGUGCUAUGGUUUUGAUUUAGGUUUACCUCUGGGGAGAGUGUAAGAGGUGUCUAUUUCUCACAGCCAGUAGCUGCAGAUCUCUGUCCAGCUCUCUGUUGUUCACCCCAUCUCUCUUCUGUCAAUCUCUCUUUAUUUAUCUCCCUAUCUCUCUUUCUCUCUUGCUCUAGCUAUCUUUAUCUAUCACUCUCUCUCUCUCUCUCUCUCUCUCUCUCUCUCUCCCUCUCCCUCUCCCUCUCCCUCUCCCUCUCCCUCUCUCUCUCUCUCUCUCUCUCUCUCUCUCUCUCUCUCUCUCUCUCUCUCCUCCUCUCCUGGAGGCUACAUUGGAUGAUUGCACUGAAAGCACCAGAGAGUAGAUUUGGAAGUGUGUUAUAGGGGAUGGAAAAAGAAUGGCAGCACUCUGCAGCCCACAGCGGUCACCGGAGCCAAUCAGUGGCCAUCACUGUGCCUCUCACUAGAACUGUAUGGAACAGGAGAUAGACAAAGGCUCUGGAAGGGUCAAGUGGCACUUAUCUUCCUUGUUUUUGUUUUUUUAUUUUGUUUUGAUGUAUGCUUUUUUGUUUUGUUAUUAUUGCUGAUUUUAUCAGUGUAGUGUCCUGCUGCUUUUGCUGUCGAAUUUACAUUAUGCAAGAGAAAAACAAAAAUCGUGCUUUAACUUUUAGCUGAGAAAGGUAACAGGGGAUUCCGUCCUUUUUUUUUCUCUGCCCGUCUGUCAUUUAUUGCCAAUGUCUCUCUGUCUCUGUCUCUUUCUCUGUCUCUCUCUCUCUCUCUCUCUCUCUCUCUCUCUCUCUCUCUCUCUCUCUCUCUCUCUCUCUCUCUCUCUCCAAGCUGAUGAAUCGGGCAGCUCUUCCUCAGAUCAGGCCCCUGGCAUUAGCAGGGUCGAGUCUCAUCUGGAUCUUGGAACCAUGCCCGUCGUUCUAAAACACAUUCAUCAGAGAGAGAGAGAGUUCCUCCUUGCUGUUUCUUUACCGGCUUUCUUUACCGGCUUUACAUUAAGAAUGCCACACAGGCCCAUGUGGAAGUGAAAAGGGUAGAGAUAACGAGAUGACUGUAGUUUACCCAGAACAUCGAAACGGGGCGAAGUCUCAAAUGUUAACAUCUUCUGAAUGUGUGCUGCAGACACUGUUGGGUGUUUAGGUACACAGUACCAAACCCACAGUCUUUUUUGGGGGUAAGCCAUGAAGCCGUGGUAGUCUGAAAUAGGCCAUGUGAUCCACAAAGUCAUCAGAUGUUGUCAACUGCAUGGUCAGUGUGGUGAGAGAGCGUGACGUGAUGCGCAAACCGGGUUACAGUGUUCAGCAAGUCUAGUCAACUUAAAAAGUUCAGUUGGUUUGGAAUGAACAAGAUGCUAUUUAGCAAUAGAGAUGCUCCAUGGCUUCAUUCUCCCAUCAAAGCAACGUCUCUUUCAGUUUCACCGGUCACCCUGCGUGGCCUGUAGUCUACACCUAGUGUGUAUCUCUACACCACAUGCUUUGAAUAACAGCCAGUCUGCAGGUGUUUACCCAGUAGCACAAAUUUGAAAUCUCUGUUUUUCUACAAGAGAGAAUGUGCUGACUUCAGGUGUGUCUUCUGGUUUUCUGCAAGCUAGAUGUACAGUGCAAGUGGCCAUUGCGAUAGUUUGCCUUUGGUUUAUCGCAGGAGAAUUCAAGCAGGCAGAACUGAGGCAAGAAAAAGGAAAUGACCACACUCUACAUCAAAUUUUGUAAAGUGUUGUGUGUUCUGGAGUUUAAUUAGCUUUUUAAAAAUGAUCUUAAUAUGAGUACACAUUGUUUCAAGAUGUAUUUGGGCUUAAGUGUCUGUGACUAUUUUCAUUCAAUCUCCAAAAAGAAGCCUGUCGGGCUUACAGUGCCGCUCCUUUAACCAACUGGGUUUUAUUUCAAGGGUGUGUUGCAUUUCAAACUGGGGAAGGAUAAUGCUUGAGAAGAGAACGCUUUAUUAGAAGUGGUACCUGGAAGUGUAUUGAGGCUUCACGUUUCUGUCGAUUAUGGGUGUUUCAAAUCGAGAUGAACUAGGAGCUUGGCAAAAUGACGGCUCUCAAAUAGACAAUGGCCUGCUGUUUUAAGAGGCUUAUGUGAUGAAGAUAUGCGAGUCUUUAUAGCUUGUUUCUUUUAAUUAUUUUUUCUUGGAAGAAGUGAAUCUUUCUUAUUAGUUUGGAGUGUGUGCUGCUUUCAUUUCACGUGGCCUUUUUGCAGUUAUCAAUAGUGUUUUGUGGAUGUUUUUUGGGUUCCUGUACCUCCUAUCUUUCCGAAACUUUUUUCCUUUUAACUUUUUUUCCCCACUUGUUUUUAGCAUUGGUACGGGCAUUGAGAGGAAAUAUACAGCUACUUCAGAUGAUACAAUCCUUCUUCAAGUGUCCUUAAAAAUAGUUGUGUUCUGUUGUGUUUUGAUGACGAUGCGUUUAUUUUUAAAGAUGUAUAUUGCCUUGUAUGAUGGUGACUCGUGGGGGCACUGACUUUAAGGUUGUUUUUUAUUUUCAUUAUUUGUCCUGGUUAAUUUUGUCUCUUAAAGUGGUGUGUACUUAGUAUGUUUCUGUAUAUUUGUAUUGUAUGAAAUGGUGUGUGCGUGUGCGUGCGCGAGUGUGUCUGUGUGCGUGCAUGUGUGUUUGCAUGUGGAGGCCUGUGCAUGAAGCAUUUGGAUGCGUCUGUAUGACGAAACCCAGAACCAUCAGUUGGGGCAUGGACUGCAAAAGAACUGGAAUGUUCAGCUUUUGUUGUGUGGGAGUUUUCUUUAUUUUAUUAUUAUUUUUUCGUUUCAAGUCUAUUUGAUUUCACAAGAUUUUAAUCAUUUCAUAAAAUAUUGAUGGAGGUAUUGUUGAAGCAUCGUCCUGGCAUCAGACAACACACACACACACACACACACACACACACACACACACACACACUCGUAACAUGAGCAAAACAUACCAUGCAUGCAUAACAUGCAGACACACGCGCACUUGGUCACCCUCUGUCUGAAUGCAACCAUUACUUGCCAAAAGUUGUGAGUGCCGCUGCUCCUUUCCGGUGAUUUUGACAUUGCCAUCGGAUAUCUCGGCGGCCGCUCUAGUCUGGCGCCUGCUCGGCCCGCCCUUGGCACCACCAGCCACGCCAGUCAUCACAUUCAACGAGAAGAGACGGAUCUUAAGUCGUUUCCACAGAGCUUCUUUUUUUAUUUGGUACUCAGGCACUCAAACUCCCAAUGUCCUGUCCUGUGGUUGGUCGAGACGAGUGCAGCCAGGAAAGAGCUGGAUUGAGAAAGAAGGAUGAGAUGUAGGGAUGGAUGGAUGGAUGUCUGCCUUCUGGGGAUAGACAAACAGACGCCAGCUCUUCAGAUACUGGCACCAGAGUCAAUCUCAGUUUAUGUGGCAACUCAAGACUCUUGUCCUUUUUUUCCCAAAUACAGUACAGACAUUUGGAGUGUUGCUGUGCGGUAGAAAGUAAAGCUAUUCUGUUUUCUUUUCGGCCCUGGUGUGUGGAAACCUGUUGAAGAGAGGGCGAGAAUCAUGGCUAAGUCUUAGGAGGAAAGGAGCAGCGAGUGGUACUGUUUGUUUUUUGUUUUACCUUUUUUUUUUUUAAAGAAAAUAAAUCUUAUUGUCUAAUGUUUGAAAUGAAAAAAAAAGAAGAGAAGCGAAAAUAAAUGUAUAGAUGAAUAUAUUGACACACUGUUCUGAAUCCUUUGUCAGAUUUUUUUAAAAGCUAUUUUUAUAGAGUAAAAAAAUAAAAUAAAACGACUGUAGAGAAUUCAAACCUUUAUUUAGCACACAACAAAUAUGUUUGUUUCUGCUGCCUUUAUUUUUAUACCAUGUGUGAAAGCUUGCUACCGAGGAAGUGUGGGUCCAAAAGGCAGAUUUAAAAAAAAGCUUUGAUUUUACAAUGCUGUGAAAGAUGAGACUACACGUGGGAAGCUGUGGAUUGUUAGAAGACUGAUCGUUGGUGUGUUUGACAUGUCAGGUUGGUGUGUAGUUGUAGGUGAGAGAAAAAAAACAUAACCAUAAUGUUUCACUGCCAGGUAGUAAAGCCAAAUGAACUCUCUUACUUAUGUCUGCAUCAAGACUCCUCGUCCCUUUUUCUUUUAUUUGUUGUCAUUUGAAUAAAAGGUGUGUGUUUGUGUGCUUUGUAGUCCUGCAAAGCUGAAGUUGCAUUUUUCGUUUGUGUUGUUUUGUCACUGUACUUUUUCAGAGUGGGUCUUGGGGACACAAGUAAAAGGUUUAAGCAACACUAAGUAAAUACAAUAAAAUAAAGAAAAUUGUUCAAGUAUUUCAUCAACCUGUGACGGUGCAAAAGGCACCUCCCGUGAUGGGCCAUGCUGUAGAAAUUGGUUAUUUUGAAGGAGUGAGCCAUCUCUGUAGUUUCAAUUAGAGAUCAUUUUGCUUCUGACCUUUUAUGCAACUACUUGAUGUUGCUUUAAAAGACAAGUUUUUUACUUUGUGUCCAUUUUGAAAAUGAAUGGUUGUUACUCAUUUUUCUUUUUUGAAUUAGUGUUGUACUUGAUUGGAAAUGUGGUCAUUGAAAGUUCACUAAAGCACUGAAUGAAGUAGAGCAUCUGUGGGGGGUAGAGGAGGAUGGUUUUGACUUCAGUUUUCUGUACGUCCGCUUAACAGAUGAAGCCCUAGCUUGUGUGUGAGCAGGACUGGAAAACAUCACAACAGACUAAAACACCAUUUGAGAGACAUCAUUCAAAGAGUGUAUAUUCAAAAGAAAAAAUGAAGAUGUAAAAGAAUUGCACCAAAGCUUUCACAGGCAUUGCGGCUGGUAUACUGAAAUUUUAACUUAUGUUCUUUUGUGCUUCACGUAUGCACUGUUCUUUUCUAUAUAGAUGCUUGCCUAUAUGUUGAAAUAUAUAGCUUUUAUAUAAAACACACAAAAAACAAAAUCUGUUUGACUGAGAAGUUUAAAAAUGUAUGUAUUUAUGCAAAGCUGUGUGAUUGUUUAUGUUCUGUUUCAUGUUUCUGUUUGAUUAAACAUUUUGUUCAAUCUCUGGA